AUGCGGAUUGUACCUGUACCUGUUCGUGAUGACAACUAUGCAUACAUUCUGAUGUCGACGCCACAGAAAGCGCGCCCACAGGCCGUGUUUGUCGAUGUGUACGAUGUGCCUCGUGUGCAGAAGGUGGCUGCGCAACUUGGUCUCAAAGACGAUAACAUUCUUGGUGCUAUUACGACGCAUGGUCACCAUGAUCAUGCCGGUGGCAACAAGGCGUUUGCAUCGGCCUAUCCAGGUCGCAAGAUCUGGGGCGGUGCGUCGUCCGUGUCGAGUGUCACUGAUCUUGUGCAGCAUGGCGACUCAUUUGAGCUGUUUGACGAGGCACCUGUCCAUGUCAAGUGUCUUGCUACGCCAUGCCACACACGCGACAGCAUUUGCUUCUAUGUAGAAGACACACGGAGUGAGUCUGCGUUGGCGCAGACGCCGAAUGGUGUCAAAGAAGGGCCCGAGGGUGAGAAGAAGCGUGGUGUAUUUACAGGUGAUACGCUCUUUAUUUCUGGGUGUGGCCGCUUCUUCGAAGGGUCUGCUGAGGAUAUGGACCGUGCGCUGAACGAGGUGCUGUCUACGCUACCGGAAGACACCCUCAUCUACUGUGGCCAUGAAUACACGAAAUCGAAUGCAGCGUUUAGUGCGGCUGUGCUGCCUUCCCGACCGGCUGUGCAGUCGUUGGUGGCGGAUCUGCGUCGCGGACGCAACGGCGGUGUGACCACGGGGAUUUACACAUUGGGGGAGGAACGGCAACACAACCCAUUCAUGUUAGUCAGCGACCCCGAGGUGCUGCAGGUCACAGGGUCUCAUGACAAGCUAGGCGCUAUGCAGUAUUUGCGCGAGGCUAAAAACCAAGGGCGUCUGCAAGCUGCCAUCUAG